AAAAAGCUUCGUUGUUUCUUCUCAGUUUACCAUCUCAAAAUCACAAAUCAGUUUAACCACCAAAACUCCAUUUUCGAAACUAAGCCGGAUCUGAAGUAUGAGUCGGGGAAGCGGAGGUGGCUACGAUCGUCACAUAACGAUCUUCUCUCCCGAAGGUCGUCUCUUUCAAGUGGAGUAUGCUUUCAAGGCCGUUAAGGCUGCCGGAAUCACCUCCAUUGGUGUGCGCGGAAAGGACUCCGUUUGUGUUGUAACUCAGAAGAAAGUCCCGGACAAGCUUUUGGAUCAGACGAGUGUGACACAUUUGUUUCCAAUUACUAAGUAUGUUGGGCUAUUGGCUACCGGAAUGACAGCUGAUGCAAGGACCUUGGUUCAACAGGCGAGGAAUGAAGCUGCUGAGUUUCGUUUUAAAUAUGGAUAUGAAAUGCCAGUUGACAUAUUGGCUAAAUGGAUUGCAGACAAGUCUCAGGUUUAUACACAGCAUGCCUAUAUGAGACCCCUUGGAAUAGUUGCAAUGAUAUUGGGUAUUGACGAGGAGAAGGGACCUCAGCUAUUUAAGUGUGAUCCUGCUGGCCAUUUUUAUGGUCAUAAGGCAACAAGUGCUGGAUCAAAAGAGCAAGAGGCAAUUAACUUUUUGGAAAAGAAGAUGAAAAAUGAUGUUACAUUUUCCUACGAGGAAACUGUACAGACUGCAAUUUCUGCUCUGCAAUCCGUUCUACAGGAGGAUUUCAAGGCCAGCGAGAUUGAGGUGGGUGUCGUGAUGAAAGAAGAUCCAGUCUUCAAAGUUUUGUCAACUGAGGAAAUUGAUGAGCACCUGACUGCUAUUAGUGAACGUGACUGACAUUCUGCUAUCAAAAAUUUCAGCGUCUCUUUUAUUUCGUCGUGUGUAAGAUAGACAAAUUAGUUUAUGUUGCAUAUGUUUGGAUUACUACAUCAAAUUCUGUUGCAGUAUUUCUCUUUAUAUCGUGCUCCUUGAUCAGCGCCACUUGAAUACGGAUUUCACUUGAGCCUCGUGUUAUUAAUGGCCAGUCUCAUUCAACAUACA